AUGAAUGUUAAAGAGAAAUCAGGCCCAACUGCAGUUAAACCUACGACAACAAAAGUAACCGAGUCGGCAUUGAUAUCACCUAAUCGUACCAUCGCCUCGCCCUUACCGUCGUGUCACAAUUCUUCAUCUUCCUCAUUCUAUCGAGAAAGCUUGUCUACAGAUAAUGCAUUAAAGAAGGGUAAGGAAAUUAUUCACACUAGCAUUGACAUUAUCGGACAUGUCGACUCCAGCAAGUCUACAACCACCGAUCACUUGAGCUACAAGCUGGGAGGUAUCAAGAAGGAAGCCUUCAACCUAUUCAAGGAUGGAUACGGUUGCAUCACAACAAAUGAACUGGGAACACUUAUGAGAUUACUUGGGAAAAAUAGAAUUGAAGUUGAACUUCAGGAUAUGAUCAAUGAAUUCAAAGCAGCAGGUAAUGGAACCAUUGAUUUCUCAAAAUUUCUAAACCUGAGAACAAGGAAGAUAAACACUCAAAGGGGUGCAGUUUUCACAAACAUAAAGAAUAAUGUUAACAAGUUAGCUAAAUGGACCACUCCACUCGUGACUAGUGCUCACAUGGUGAAAAUGGGUUAUACAACCAGGGUUCAUCCUUGUGAUCAUUUUGAUCAAGUGAUAUUGGCAAUGGUUGGGAACAAGCGGAAGGGAAUUGCUGGUCAGAUCGGAACAAACCUUGUUGAUCAGUUUACCCCACACGAAAAGGUUCUACUGUUACCAUUGAAUCUUAAAAUAGUAAAACUCAAAGAAAAGCUCACAACCAGCCGGAAAAAACAAGCAUCACUUGUGAUGGAGAUAGAAGAUAAAAACACUUCAUUUAUAGGGUCACGAGAAUGGAUUGGUGCCUUUGAGGUAAGUUGUGUUUUGGAUAAACUCAUUUGUGUAAGCUACAAGUUCGAAGAUACCAUAUCAGGGGAUGAAUUAACCGAAAAAUAUAGAGAAUUCGUGAUGAAUUUUGAGAUCCCGGGAACAUCAUUCAAGAUUGAUGGCAAGGCUCAAGGGUGUAUUUGGGUUGGUUCAAGUCCUCAAGUUCUGAAUCGUGUGAAGGAUAUAGUGGAUAGACUAAUUGUGGUUACUGAGGAUCUAGAAAGCUAUUUUCCUCCUUCAAGGAGAGGGGUUGGAAUGAUAGAAUGUGUUUAUGUAAACAAGAAUUUUGAUCUGAUUGCAAGUGGUGGUGACCGUUCAUCUGCUGUGAAUCUGAUACAACUCACUGGAAAGGGGCAUACAAAGGGGGUUUCUGCAAUUUGGUUCUCUGCGAAGCAUUGUCACUUGAUUUUGUCAACUGAGAAAGAUAACAAGGCCAAUAUUUAG